AUGCAGUUGGAUGUGACCGUCUUCAGCCCAGAGCUCUCUGCUAUUCAAUGGAUUGGAGUUCUCGUUUACAUAAUGCUCAUGCUCACUGUUAAAGCUUUUGCAUGUGCUAAAAGUACAUCUGCUCGAUCAUCACAACACAGCUGUGUAACGAUACAACUUUCAAAUACGAACAUGAACCACACAACGCAUUCAAAACCUGAAAAAAUGGUAGCUAAUGAGCACACCGCCAAAGCCCAUAACCUGAAAGGUAAACUGCCCGAAGGGAGCAUGGAAUCUUUGGCAACAACCAUUCGUUUCGUGACGCUGAACUGCCGAACACUAUCGAGUGAACUCCAACAAGCCGCUCUAUCCACACUUCUGCGAUAUUUCUGCGUGCCUUUUGCUGCACUGCAGGAAACACGCAUGAGAGAUCGGCCCGUCAUCAGCAUCGAAAAUUACACCAUAUACUGCGGCGAUGCUGAUGAGAACAAACUCGACUACAUUCUGGCGAGGAACAUUCCUCAGUCAGAUAUCCGGAAAUCUAGAGCUGUUUGGGACGUCGCGUUCGACUCUGACCACCGUCCAGUUCUUCUCAGCUUUAAGAUACGGUUCCAGAAGAGAAACCGAGGAGUUCCUCUUCAAUGGGAAAUCGACAUGGCAGGUCUGAAAGACGAUGAAUGCAGAAGAAAAUUCCGCCAACGUGUGUCCAUUCAUGUUGAAGUACGGACCAGGAAGAAGCUUAGCGAUGCGGAUUCCUUCACAAAGUGCUUUCAGGACGCUGCAAAGGAAACGCUCCCGGUUCUAUUGCCGCGGAAGAAGUUUGCCUUUGCAUCUGCGGUAACAAAAUCCACAUACAAUUCUGUAUGUAUCGCGCGCAGCGCUGGUGACUUCAACCAGGAAAAGCGUCUUAGAAGGAAGCUGCGUCGUCAACUGCAACAAGACCGCGAUAACGAGUGGACGUCGAGGGCGAUGGUGUUUGAGAAGGCGUGGGAGACAGGAACCCGCGGAAAGCCUAUGCUCUACUAA